AGAGGGGAGCAGAAGAAGAGGAAGACGGGCAGCUCCGCUGUGGUUGCGACGACAGCAGAUGAGGCUCGCCAGCUUCCUCCAGUGCGGUUGCGGGGCGCCGCGGCCCGAGGAGAAGCCGCAGGCGGCCCGAACGGGGACUGAUCCCCGUGACCGUGGCCGCCGUCGCCGCAGCCGUGGGAACGACGCCUCGAAGCCCUGGAGGCCGUCGCUCGCGGCGAUCUCCGAGAACGGCGCGCCGACGAGGGCGGCGGCGGGUGCCCGAGAUGGAAAGAUGACCGCUGACGGGGCAGAGAAGCACAAGGCCGUCGUCUCUCGUCGGGUCCUUCCUCGCGAUCACAGUGACCACGACCGGAUUCUCUCUUUGAUAUCACUGUAUAGUCCCGCGGUCAGAUUGGCUGUUAUUAGUUACUAUGCUCCAAUACAACAGAUUCAUCUAAAAACUAUGGGUUAUGACAAUUGCAGUGGCAUUCCUCUGUACAAGGUAUUCAGAUGUUUCUUCAGUUGUGCCGGCAUUUAGUCCCACUGCCUUUUUGUUCUAGUGCCUAAUUCAGUGUUCAUCUGCGAUGAAAAAGAAGGAAGAGAAGAGUGAAGGAUGACCGGAAGAUGAAGAAUGCUUUGUGCAAGAUUUAGUGAUUUUGUGCCAUUUACUCAGCAGUCACUUCUUCCUAUUCAUCCUUCCUUUUCUGUAUAUUUUCCCUUUACAAAUCCUUGUGUAUACAAAAGCUAGAAUGAAAUAUGUAAAUAUCAGAACAUGACAAUUCAGAUCAGUAUCUCAUGAUGUCUGAAAGUUAUGUAAUUCUUGACUUCUGCAGGAGUGCAGUUCAGAAGAAGCUUCAAGCUGAGCCACACUGUGGCUGUAGCUUGAACUUCUGCAUCUCUCUUGUUAAAAGGACAAUUUAAAGUUUCUUGCCCUCCUGUUUAUUGAAACAUUGACUAAUUUUUGUGUU